CCCGAGCCACGACAGUUCGCAAGUCAGACCCUGUUGACAUGUCGCCCGAGGACCCCCAGGAGACGCAGCCGCUAUUGCGGCCACCGGAAGCCAGGGCUCCCCGCGGCCGCCGGGUCUUCCUCGCUUCCUUCGCCGCCGCUCUGGGCCCCCUCAGCUUCGGCUUCGCGCUCGGCUACAGCUCCCCCGCCAUCCCCAGCCUGCGGCGCACCGCACCCCCGGCCCUGCGCCUCGGAGACAGUGCGGCCUCCUGGUUCGGGGCCGUCGUGACCCUGGGCGCUGCGGCAGGAGGCAUACUGGGCGGCUGGCUCCUGGACCGUGCAGGGCGCAAGCUGAGCCUCCUGCUCUGCACCGUGCCCUUCGUGACUGGCUUUGCCGUCAUCACCGCGGCCCGGGACGUGUGGAUGCUGCUCGGAGGUCGCCUCCUCACCGGCCUUGCCUGCGGAGUCGCCUCACUAGUGGCACCGGUCUACAUCUCGGAAAUCGCCUACCCAGCCGUCCGAGGACUACUCGGCUCCUGCGUGCAGCUCAUGGUUGUCACUGGCAUCCUCUUGGCCUACGUGGCAGGCUGGGUCCUAGAGUGGCGCUGGCUGGCAGUGCUGGGCUGUGUGCCCCCCACCCUCAUGCUGCUGCUCAUGUGCUACAUGCCCGAGACCCCACGUUUCCUCCUCACUCAACACCAGUACCAGGAGGCCAUGGCUGCCCUGCGCUUCCUGUGGGGCUCUGAGGAGGGCUGGGAAGAGCCCCCUGUUGGGGCUGAGCACCAGGGCUUCCGGCUGGCCCUGCUGAGGCGUCCUGGCGUCUACAAGCCCCUCAUCAUCGGCAUUUCCCUCAUGGUCUUCCAGCAGCUGUCAGGGGUCAACGCUAUCAUGUUCUAUGCCAACAGCAUCUUCGAGGAGGCCAAGUUCAAGGACAGCAGCCUGGCCUCCGUCACUGUGGGCAUAAUCCAGGUCCUGUUCACUGCUGUGGCGGCCCUCAUCAUGGACAGAGCGGGGCGAAGGCUGCUCCUGGCCUUGUCGGGCCUGGUGCCCAUCGCGGGGGAGCCUGUGGAUGUCCAUGUGGAGCUGGCCUGGCUGGCUGUAGGCAGCAUGUGCUUCUUCAUUGCUGGCUUUGCAGUGGGCUGGGGACCCAUCCCCUGGCUCCUCAUGUCAGAGAUCUUCCCUCUGCAUGUCAAGGGUGUGGCUACUGGCGUCUGUGUCCUCACCAACUGGUUCAUGGCCUUUCUGGUGACCAAAGAGUUUAGCAGCGUCAUGGAGAUGCUCAGGCCCUACGGUGCCUUCUGGCUCACCGCUGCCUUCUGCACCCUCAGCGUCCUUUUCACGCUGACCUUUGUCCCUGAGACUAAAGGCAAGACUCUGGAACAAGUCACAGCCCAUUUCGAGGGACGAUGACAGACCCUUUCUGUGACUGGGAGCCCCGAGCUGAGCUGGCUUGGGUUUCAGGAGUGGAGUGGCCUGUAGCUGAGCCACACCUCAGUUUGAGCCUGGAGGCCCCCCGACUCCUCAGGCCUCAGGGCCCUCUUUGUCCAGAUCUCAACCCAGAUCCCCACCGUGAGGUGCACCAUAUUCUGAGUGCGGUCUCUGCAGCCUGCUUCACACACAGGCCAUCUGAGGAGCUGUGCAGUCUCACCUGACCCAGUGUCUCCUUCCUAAGCCUCUGGCAGCUGAAGGGACCUGAGGGCUCCCAGCUCCCAUUUUCUGCCUGGAGAACUUUGGGGUGCCUGGUCCUAAGCAGCUGCCUGCACCUCACUUGACUGGGAGAUCAGAAAGGGACUUAGCCAUAUGGGCCCAGAAACAAGGUCAGCGGAGCACAGGUAGAAAAGAGAAUGUUCUUGUCAACCAAGCCCUCCUCAGAGCUGCGCGGAAACCCCCCGGAUUCACACUGGGGCCAGCCAGCUUACCCACCAUGUACAGGUUCUUUCUGGCUCUUUCCUGGGCUUGGUGUCCUGGGUCAUUAGCCACUAUAGCUUGUUGAGUUUCAGGAAAUAAAAGGCCUCUUAUGUUCAACUUUAAUGGAGCCAGAGUCUUAUAGGUUACUUGUUUCAUGGGUCAGUACAUACUCACCUGGAGUAAAUGGGAGCACAGAUACACGAACAUGAUUUGUUCUGCAGGCAGUCAUCGACUGGGCGCUUGCAUGGAAAAGCUGCCCCUAGCCGGGCGUGGUGGCGCACGCCUUUAAUCCCAGCACCCGG